AGGGAACACCAGUUUUGAGAGACAGUUAUAUAACUCGCGAACCAAUGGAUAAAUUAUCGGAAUAUUUGUAUUUGUGUUUUGUAUUGAAUUCUGUGUUCAUUUUGUCCGCAAAAGCAUCGGGCAACAAAUAUCUGGAUGCUUUUGACAAACAUGUUUCCCGUGAGUGUUACGAUAAGAUUGUGGUCCGAGUGUCCGAUUGCGAGGAAAGGCAUACUAAGUAUUGGGCGAACAGUUCGGCACUCGUAUGGAAUAAGACUGUUGUCUGUUGUCUGGUUUGGGACGCCUCCCAAUGUCUUAAGGAUGUAGUUGUGAAAGAGUGCGAGUCCAGUGAUAAGGAAAAUGUGAGCCAACAUUUUGAUCGCAUAAUUGAGCAAGCUAAUACCAUGAAUUGCUCUCAUGUGGCACAUAACUCAAGCGCCUGUAUCCAUAUUCUUGGACGUAACAAUAUAAGCAAUGAGGGUUGGGAUCAAUUACUAAUAGACCAGACGUCCCCCUCCAACCACUGUAUCACUGAACUGAAGGAUAAUCAACAGUACUGUGGAGAACAGGCGGCUAUUGUGUCUGGAUUUGGUAAUAAGAGCCUUAAUCUCGAUUACACUAAAGUCCAGUGUUGUGUGGGCUGGCUUAGGAUGGACUGUUUCAACCAGGUUGUCAGGGAGAAAUGCGAUUCCUAUGAAUACAACGCUACUCAUCGUGUGUUUGAAGAGCACAUCCAAUACAUGAAUAAACAAAUCUAUGAAUAA